CCAAGUACAUCGCCAACAGAACCCAACGCCUCUCCUCCUAGGGCUCCACCAGCCGCCGGCUGUCCCGAAGUGUUCCGCUCUGGCUCUGCUGCCGCCGACGGCCGGAGCAGUUCCCCAAGUCAGGAUCCGACGACUCGGGGGAGCAGAAAGGAAGAAAAUCCAACUGCGCGCACCCUGAACUGGGGGAGAGGACGAGGUGCCCUAUGAGCGCGAUUCACAAUUGUCUGAUGCGUGGAAGAAUCAGCUUCAGAUGGAUCGAGGAGAUGGCCUGAGCUGGGGUGGCACACAGCGCACGGGGAACAGGUACGCAACCCUAGCAACUCCUGGUAGCGAAGGUAGGAGGGCGGAGGUGCGUGGGGGAAGCUCGGCGGAAGCCGAGCGAACAGCAAAGGCGCAAAUGCAGUCCAAGAUCAAACGCAGAAACACACAAGGGAUCACCUACUUCGGCCUCGUAUGGAAGAAAAACAAGAGCGACACGAAUGCUAUCAACGCGGACGAUGUUAUCUUUGGAAGCAAGGAUGGUGUUGGUUCGUCCAUGAAACCAAUCUGCUGUCUCUGUCGCAAGCGAUAUUCCCCAGACUUGAUGUACAUCCGGUGUGAGAGGUGCAGAAAUUGGUUCCAUGGAGAUGCCUUGAGACUUGAGGAGGCAAAGAUUGCUGAAGUCAUAUCCUACAGAUGCUGCAGAUGUCGGAGGAGGGCAAUACCGGGAUGUCCUCAUUCAGAUGAUUAUUAUUAUAAGAGGCCUGAACCAGAACCUGUCAUCCAAGAAAGUGCAGCUAAUAUUCCCUCAAGUGAGGAAGCUAUUGGCGCAGCAGAUGAAAAUACAUCAAGUGCUUCAUUUGGUAUAUUCGAACAAACUGUAGAAGAUAUUCAUGCUGAUUCCUCAGUGCACAUGGAAACCUUUGUGCUGGGAAGUAAUCAAGAGAUGAACUUUGUGGAUGGUUCUUACAAUUCCGCCCAUCCAUUCGAUAAGGUAGAAAUUAAGCAGGCUAUGAAGGACGCUCGGCCAUAUGAUGCAUGCUUUGCAUGGUAUGCUCCUGGUAGUGGUACAUGCCAGCAAUUGGACCCUAUGGAUCCUGUGGAUGAUGCCCCCCUGCCAGUUCCCACAGUGGAGACCAACUUUGAGAAAGACCAAACUGCCGCACUUCACAGAGCUUAUGGUGGUUUUCGGGUUGUUGCUGCGGAGACUGGCUCAUUAUAUGAGCGGAUUAGACAGGGGGAUUAUCUCACUAAUGAUGAGAUCAUGGGGACCUUGGACAAGCUUCAGAAAAUUGCUCUACACCAAAUGAAGGAUAUUGCCAGCCAUGGCGUAGUCUACUCCGAGGUCCCGACACAACCAAUGCACAACGCAAGCACCUCCACCACCCGGCCAUCUGAUCACCAGAGUAGCCUCUAAGACUCCAGCACCAAAUGUGAUUGCUACAGCAUCGUAAUGAACUAUGCUAUCAAGUGAUCUCUCAUCGAUGCGGCUUGCUCCUUGGGGUAAUACUUGAAGCAACAAAGCUGGUUUUUGUGAUGAUGCUUGUUAAGGAACAUUUCUUAUACUGACGCUGCAUAACCCAUACUAGCAGCCCAUGCCAAUAUACCCCGUUUUGAGUUUCUGUCACCGAUGACUAAUUAUCUUGGAAGUUCCUGGCUGUACCGUGUUGCUGCUGCAUGUGGCGCUGUCACCACUUACCAGCAUUUAAGGAGUAUAUCUUUUUGUUUCUUGCAAAAAAGUUAAAGGAGUUUGUUUUUCUUUUUGAAAAAAUUUAAGGAGUACAUUUUUGGCCUUUAUGACCAUGAUUGCUGCAAGCUGGCAUGCUCUGUGGACCGUUGUCAACUUCUUCAGUUAUAUACAUGUUCUUGGACGUCUUA